AUGUCAUUUUGUGUGUGGUAGUCCAUAGGCAGCACUGCUUUGUAAUAUAUAAGUAUAUAACGCGAGAUGAUUUCUGCUUCUGCUUUGCGAAAAGUUGUAGCGACGUUUGUCACAAACAAAUUUUAUAAAUCAUGUUUUCAAACUACAAAUAAAAAUUCUUUUAACAAGUUUACAGAAGUUAAUGUGAUGGAAAAUGACAUGCCUAUUCAAAUAGAAAAUCCCUAUGUAAAAGAAAAGAGACAAUGUAUUUUGUGUAGAUUGGGUAUUGAACCAGAUUACAAGAAUAUAAGGUUACUUUCACAGUUUCAAAGUCGAUAUACAGGCAGGAUAUAUGGAAGGCAUAUAACUGGAUUAUGCAAGCAUAAACAGAUGAAAUUGGAACAAGAAAUUAUGAAAGCUCAAAGUGCAGGUUUAAUGGGUUACUGGACCAAAGAAUCGAAAUAUAUUAAAGACCCAAAACUCUUUGAUCCAAAUCAUCCAUUUAGGCCACAUAAAUACUAGAUAAGUAACAUAGUUACUAUAUGUUAUGCAUGCAUGCAUACGCACUCAUGUGUGUAGUGCAUGUGUAUACACGUAUGUUUAUACAUAAAACAUUGACAAAAAAUGAGGCAAUUAUAAUUGUAUAAGCAUUAACAAACUGCUUUAUUCAAAUAAAAAAUGUGUUACAU